AUGUUUCGAAUUCGCUUGAAAUCUUCUGUCGUUUUUUUCCUAUUUUUAGUUUUAAUUGGCAUUUUGCACAAAGUUGAUGAAUGGAAACGAAAGUGAGUUCAAUGAAAUACUCUUUUCUCUUCAAAAAAAAGUUUUUAGUUUUGAAAUUGUGGCAGUUUGCCACGUGGAAGAUUGGAACAGAAAAACGACGAAAAAAAUUCCAAACGAAGAGAUUCAUCUUCAAUGGAUUAAUAUGAAUGCAUCGAGACGUGAUAAUAUUCUUGGAUCUGAAGUUCGUUUAUUGAAUGCUUUUGUUUAUCCAGAUUAUAUUGCAGUUACAACAACUUCGCAACAUUCUUACGGGUUAGUUAAAUGUUUGAGAGGUAUUCACUGUAUUUUUUUUUGCAAUUCGAGGGAGACGCAGACUUUAACGUGUGCAGACAAAUCUCUCGCCGAAAAAGGGGGAGAAAUAGUGUGUGGCAGACACACUGCGUGUCGAGACCAGCGAGUGUCUGCGUCUCCUCGAGAUUGCAUUUUUCUAUUAGGAAAAAACACAGUGUAUUUUUUCCAAAUUUUUGAACCAAGAUUGAUCCCAAAAGACUAUUCUCUUUUUCAAAAAAUGGAAUUUCAAAUUUUGUAUCAUUUUGAAAGUUAAAUUAUAAAAACUGAUUCAAAAUUUGGAAUCUUCGAAUGAAUAUUUUGUAGAAAACACCGUAUUCUGAAAAAUAUUAAUUUUUAAAAUUAUUUUAUUAAUUUUUAACUUUAUAAUAUUCCAAAAUUUUAAAACCUUUCUUUUCACGUUUCACUGAAAAAAAAACAAGAUCCUGCCCACAUAAAAUAUUCCCAAAAAUACUAAAUUUCAGAAAGUUGGCAACUUGUCAAUAUUUUGAUUGUAAUAAACAUGAAAUUCCACAAUCUUCUUUCCGCACUGUAUUUUUCCCAUCAAACAUUGUUUAUUGUGCACGACGUUUUGGAGCUGAAUAUAUUUCGUUGAAACUUUCUGAAGAUGAUGCUGAUUACAUUCGUGAACCGGUUCCAAUGAUUUAUCGAAUAUUUGACGAACCAAAACAUGAGAUUUCAGUUUGUGUUGGACCACUUUAUGGAAAUGAACCGAAAUGGUUGGAAAUUAUCGAGUUUGUUGAGCAUUACAAACUUAUGGUGAGUCGUUCAAGAAGACAUUUGGAAUUUAGUAACUUUUUUGAACGUUCAGGGUAUUAAUCAUUUUUAUUUUACAAUUUUUGAUAUGAAUCACUAUUCCCGUAAAAUUCUCGAUGAAUAUUUGCGAACUGGUGAAAUUGAAUUAACCGUGAUUCAAACAGAAUAUGAAAGAGAAGAUUGGCAAUUCCACAUGUUACAAAUCAAUGUAAGAUUAUGUUCUACUUUAACUAUAAUAUUCAUAGUUUUUUUUUAGGAAUGUCACCAACGCGCGAAAUAUCAUUCAAAAUGGGUUCUCAAUGUAGACAUUGAUGAGAGACUUGUAUUCGCUGGCACAAAAAUGGGAAAUGCUGCUAAUUUACUGAUAAAUGUUCCGGAAAAUAUAGUAGAAUUAAGUGUGGCAAUUCAACGUGUUCAGAAAACCGACAAAAUUCCGUGGAAAUAUGAAUCAGAGGCGCAAUUAUGGAAAGAAAUGGAAUUUUUGAAAUACAACAUUUCUGCCGAAAUAACAUGGGAAGCUUUUAAAAGUUUUUAUCGACCUGAUAAAUCUGCAGCAAUGUAUUAUCAUUGGUCUUAUAUGAAAUAUCCUGGAUAUGAAAGUAGAAGAAUUGAUGAAAAUAUCGCAUAUAUACGGUUUGAAACAAUAAUUGUCAAAUAAAAUCAUAGUAAAAUAAAUUAAAAAUGUUUCAGACAUUAUCGAACUACUGAAUCGCAAGGGCUGGGAUUUGGCUGGACUGAAAGAUAUGGUACUUUUCAUGAAAUUGGUCUCGAGCCAAGUUUUAGCCAAAAACUAGCGAAAAAUGUCAUUGAAAAAGUGAAAUUUGUAUACGAGCAACGAGUUUUAUAUUGUGAUGAAAUUUCUCGAGAAAUUUGGAAAGAAUAUUUAAUUUGGAACACGUUUAAUUGUCUAAACCGAACUCUUUAA